CCCUCCAGCCUGGGUCCCUGCCCUGCAGGUGACAGCCUCCCAGCUGGCGGUGCCGCCCGCCACAUGCACCGUGCUGCUGUUGGCGGACAGCAAGGCUGAGCGCGAGCGCUGGCUGCAGGUGUUGAGCGAGCUGCAGCAGCUGCUGCUGGACACACGGCCAAGGCCAAGGCCCGUGUACACGCUCAAGGAGGCCUACGACAACGGGCUGCCGCUGCUGCCUCACACGUUCUGCGCCGCCAUCCUCGACCAGGAGCGGCUCGCUCUGGGCACUGAGGAAGGGCUGUUUGUGAUCCAUCUGCACAGCAAUGACAUCUUCCAGGUCGGGGAGUGCCGGAGGGUGCAGCGACUGGCCGUGAGCCCCGCCGCGGGCCUGCUGGUCGUGCUGUGCGGCCGAGGCCCCAGCGUGCGCCUCUUCGCCCUGGCGGAGCUGGAGAAGGCGGAGGUGACGGGGACCAAGAUCCCCGAGUCUCGAGGCUGCCAGGCGCUGGCAGCCGGGCGUAUCCUGCAGGCCCGCACCCCGGUGCUCUGUGUCGCCGUCAAACGCCAGGUGUUCUGCUACCAGCUAGGCCCGGGCCCGGGGCCCUGGCAGCGCCGCAUCCGCGAGCUGCAGGUACCCAGCCCCGUGCAGAGCCUGGGGCUGCUGGGCGACCGGCUGUGCGUGGGUGCUGCUGGUGGCUUUGCCCUCUACCCGCUGCUCAACGAGGCCACGCCCUUGGCGCUGGGGGCCAGCCUGGUGCCUGAAGAGCUGCCAGCGUCCCGUGGGGGCCUGGGUGAGGCGCUGGGCGCCGUGGAGCUCAGCCUCAGCGAGUUCCUGCUGCUCUUCGCCACUGCCGGCGUCUACGUGGACAGCGGGGGCCGCAAGUCUCGGGGCCAUGAGCUGCUGUGGCCCGCAGCGCCCACGGGCUGGGGUUACGCAGCGCCCUACCUGACAGUGUUCAGCGAGAACGCCAUCGAUGUGUUUGACGUGAGGAGGGCAGAAUGGGUGCAGACCGUGCCGCUCAAGAAAGUGCGGCCGCUGAACCCAGAGGGCUCCUUGUUCCUCUACGGCACCGAGAAGGUCCGCCUGACCUACCUCAGGAACCUGCUGGCAGAGAAGGACGAGUUCGACAUCCCCGACCUCACCGACAACAGCCGGCGCCAGCUGUUCCGCUCCAAGAGCAAGCGCCGCUUCUCCUUCCGCGUGUCCGAAGCGCAGCAGAAGCAGCAGCGCAGGGAGAUGCUGAAGGACCCUUUCGUGCGCUCCAAGCUCAUCUCGCCGCCCACCAACUUCAACCACCUGGUGCACGUGGGCCCUACCAACGGGAAGCCCGGCGCCAAGGACCCGCCCCGGGCUCCCGAAGACAAGGGCCGCGGCGCCCGAGGCCCCGGCCCGCAGCGGCCCCACAGCUUCUCGGAGGCGCUGCGGCGCCCGGCCUCCACGAGCAGCGACGGCCUGGCCGGAGGCGCCGACCCCGUGAGGAGGAAGCCUUGGACCUCUCUGUCCAGCGAGUCCGUGUCCUGCCCGCAGGGACCCCUGAGCCCGGCCGCCUCCCUGACACAGGUCUCAGAACGUCCUCGAAGCCUCCCCCCGGCCCCUGAAUCAGAGGGCUGCCCUUGAUGCCCAUGGGCAGGGGCCACCCCGAUCCCAGGGCAGAAAGACAUGAGGCAGUCAAGAACUCGAGGAAUGCCGUGCUCCGGCUGGUCCGGGACGUUGAAAUUCAGACUCAGGGAGGCCCUGGGCUGGGCAGGGACUGGGAGGCUUCCCCAGGUUCCCAGGACUUGGGGGUCCUGGCUUGUGGUUCUCAGCCCACCUGCCCCCUCUGCUCCCAGCCCCAGCCAGCGUUCGCCGUUGAAAAGGAGGUGGCCCCUAUUCUGCUCUGGGGUCCAGGGGUGAUGGUGCCAAA